CUGUCAGAGAAGAUUUCUCAAAGUGCUCAUAUUCACAUCCCAAUUAUAUAUUCUAUUCAUAUAGAAACUUUUCAGAGGACGUAAAAAAACCCUAUCAGCCAGCUGUUGACCACAGGAUGGCUCAGUCAGCAGAUGAAAUGUCGCUGCAGGUGGUAUCAGCUGUCAGUAAUUCGUCGUUGCUGCAACCGGGCUUCUCGCUCCUGAAUUUUGAUGGGCAUGUUUUCUUUUUUGGGCAGAAAGGAUGGCCAAAGAGAUCUUGCCCCACUGGUGUUUUUCUCCUCGAUUUAAAGCAGAAUGAGUUCAAAAUGAAACCUGCCUUCUUCUCUAAAGACUCGUGUUACCUGCCCCCCCUCCGCUACCCUGCUGUUUGCAUGCUCAGAGGCAAUGCAGAGUCUGAUGAGUACCAGUAUAUCAUUCAUGGUGGGAAAACGCCUAACAAUGACCUUUCUGAUAAGAUUUACAUUAUGAGUCUGGUAAGCAAAAACAGCAAGAAAGCUACUUUCCAAUGUGUUGAGAAAGACCUGAGUGGAGAUGUCCCUGAAGCUAGAUAUGGGCAUACAAUUAAUGUAGUUCAUAGCCGGGGAAAAACCAUGAGUGUUAUAUUCGGAGGGAGAUCAUAUACUCCUCUUGCACAAAGAACCACCGAAAAAUGGAACAGCGUAAUUGACUGUUUGCCAUCUGUGUUUCUUAUUGAUUUUGAGUUUGAGUGCUGUACAUCAUAUAUCCUUCCAGAGCUUCAAGAUGGACUUUCUUUCCACGUUUCAGUUGCUAGAAAUGAUACAAUCUACAUUUUGGGAGGCCAUUCACUUCAAAGUAACACCAGGUCCCCCAGCUUGUACAAGCUAACAGUUGAUCUCCCAUUGGGCAGCCCAGCUGUGACCUGUACUAUCUUGCCAGGGGGGGUGUCCGUGUCAAGUGCUAUAGUGACUCAAAUCAGUGAUAGCGAAUUUAUCCUUGUCGGGGGCUACCAGUCUGACAACCAGAAACGGUUGGUGUGUAACACAAUAGUUCUGGAAGAUAAUAAGAUAGAGAUUGUUGAAAGGGCAAGCCCAAACUGGACACCAGAUAUUAAGCACUGCAGGAUGUGGUUUGGCUGUGAUAUGGGCAAAGGUUCUGUAUUGCUGGGCAUUCCAGGAGCCAACAAACAGUUAAUCUCAGAUGCAAACUACUUCUACAUCUUGAGAUGCAAAGGAGCAGAGGAAGACAAGGAGGAAGAACUGACAGCACAAAUUUGCAGUCAGACAUUUACUGAAGACCCUGGAGACUCCCUUCCAUUUGAAGAUUCAGAAGAGUUUUGUCUUAGUGCUGAAACCAAUAGCUUUGAUGCUGAUACUGAUACUUACAAUGAAGAUGAUGAAGAAGAUGAAUCAGAAACAGGUUACUGGAUCACCUGCUCUGCCAGUUGCAAUAUUGACAUUAACACCUGGGUUCCUUUCUAUUCAACAGAACUUAACAAGCCUGCAAUGAUCCUGUGUUCCAGUGGGGCUAGCCACUGGGUCCACGCACAAUGUAUGGAUCUCCCAGAGAGCGUGCUCCUGCAUCUCUCAGAAGCAAAUGUAAAGUACUUCUGCAAUGAGCAUGUUGAACUUAAUAAAGGCCUACAAACUCCCAAAAAGGUGGUGCACCUGAAAAAGCAGCCUAUGAAACCAUUGCAGAAAAAGAUAACCAUGAAAUUAACAACACCUGUGAAAAAGUCCUUUUUUGAAUAGAUUUACACUACUGAUUUGUAUUCACCUGGGAGAAAAUGAAAAUGCAGUCAAAGACAGCUAGUAAUGGUGGAAACAGAAUGGAUUAUUGGAGUUCAAAGAGAUCUUUUUAUUUACUUGAUUUCAAUUAUCUCGAUAUUUUAGUUACAUUUCAAAGCUCGUGGAUUUAUUUUGUUUCUUAUGUGCAUUUUUGUAAUAUCUAGAUAGGAGCCCCAUCAUAGAGGGCAUUUUGCUAACACACAACCACGUACUGGUAACUUUGUGCUUUAAUUUAUGCUAUAACUUACU